AUGGCAAGGCACUUUCUCAGACUGUCCACAAUAGUGGUGUCCUUGACCUUGCCGAAGAAGGAGGAAGGAUCGCUGGCUAAUAGGAUCAGGACGAGCCGACAGGACUCCUUUCCCUCUCGAGAGCUCUUGGACCUUCACCUCCUCCUGAUCCGCCUGACCUAUCUCCUCCCCGCGGCUUCCUCCCAUCUGCUAAUUAUAGCCCUCCUGCCUUCUACCGCCUACCUGUCUGUGGGAACGGAGGAACUUGAAACAAGCUCCUCUUCCUCGCCAUUAACAUGUUUACGAGCUCAUCACCCUUCGAGAUCAGCUGUUCAAAUCCUGACACACCGUUGGCUGUCGCAUGGGCCCUAUGAUCUCCCCUAUCAGCUGUCCCGUGCUAUCUCCCGCCCAGCCCGCCAACUGUCACAUGCUGUAGGUCACACUUUCUUCCUCCUCAUGAGGGAUAAUGGUGGCAUUGCCGAUCUAGAAAGCAUGCAGGCAGUCCUCAGUUAUUAG